UUUUAACACGUAAUUUACCGAAUGCUGUUUUUUUUAUAAAAAACAUGGCAAAGGUUGAGAAACGUAGGCAUGCUUCAUGAUGCGAUUCCUUAUCCCAACAACAGAGUUAAUCAUCCCAUGCAUGUCAAGGUAGCCAGAAGACGCUUCCAGUCUAAGAAGGAUGCUUCAUCCUUUGGAUGGGUGUAUUCUGGGUCCCAUAACUUCAGUGCCGCUGCUUGGGGAUGCCCAAUUUCUAAUCCACUCAGGACAAAGGCUGUUGGAGCUGUGAAGACAAAUUCUGUAUUGGGUUCAAGAAUUCACGUCUGUAACUACAAGCUUGGUAUCGUUUUCAUCGUUCCACCAUUAGAUGCAAACGGUAGUCCUAACCAUAAGAGUAGGAGUUUGGAGGAUAUCAUAUUGCCAUUUGUCGUGCCUGCUCCGAAAUACAGACCCAGUAACACACCAGCAACAGAACAGGCUAUGAGAGAAGCAUUGGCUGAAUGGGAGAGAGAGAUAUCUCUGGAAGCAGUUGCAUCUGGAGAAUUGAUGGAAGAAGAGAUCCCAGAUGAAGAAGAGGAAGUUUUGGACGCAACUGAUUAUGUCGCGAAGGAGCGGAAAGAUGAGAAAGCUUAUGCUGAUAUACUAUGGAGCCAAAGUUGAUUCAUCUGAGCUUCUGAUUAAAUUGCUUGUUGAGAGGAAAGUAAUAGAUGGCUUGAAAUGUUGAUGUAUGUACUUCCUCCAGAGAAAUGUAAAAUCUGAAAAGAAUGUUGUAUUCUAUAUCUCUAGAUUAGAUUGGAGGGGGGAUUGAUGUAUAUACACUUGGUUUUAGGAUUGUAGAUUUUAGAGGUGCCAUUCUUUGGGGAAUUUGAAGGGUUGGUAUACCAAAGGACUAUUCUUUUCAUCGAUUUGUGAUUGUAUUGGGGGUUGAGCAGGUCUUUAGAUUACUAUUGUUUAUAUACUAGUGGCAUGAACUGAAAUAAAGAAAGAAUGAGAUUGCAAGAAAGUGUUGAUCUGUCUUCAUUUUCAUGCUUGCCUUCAAUUUUUAUAAGCAGUGGCCUUGGAGUUUCCUAUUUGAAGUUGGUUACACCAGAAUGAUUGGAAUAAAUUGUUAAAA